GGAUGGUGCGCCGACACUCCCCCUGCCAAGUAUGACCCUGACAAAGGCGGUCAUCUUGUACUCUGGGUGCUUCAUCUUACUAUACGCUUUCCUGCAGGAAUCACCAUACUAUUUUUUUCUGAACUCAUCACCCACUCCAUGAUUCCUAUUCAGAGAGGCAAGACUCGUUAUGCCUUAAUCCAAUAUUCAUCUGGCGGUCUAUUCCGGUUCAGGGUGAUUGGAUUC